UCUUUUGUUAACCUAGCAUGGUUAAAACAGCUAGAAAGAAACAGCUAGUUGAAAAAGCGGCGGCUGGUGGUUAGUGCGUUUAUUUAAUUUAGGAUAAAUAUAUUUUUUUCUGCCUGGUAUUUCGCCUAGUUGGUGGUUCAGUGAUUAUAUGACGCUAACGGCUAACGGUGUAGCUGAUGCAACGUUGGGAGUUUUUACCUCCCGGUUCGUCGUUACACAAUUGGCUCAAUCAAAGCUCAUUAAUCUGAUCCUGCGGUUUUCUGAGCGGGGAGAACAACACGCUCGAACAUGAUGAUGCUCCAGGACGGUUCGACCCAGCUCAUCUGCCUCACCGCCAGCAGCGGGGUUCCUCUUUUCACUAGAGGGGCCUCCAGACAGCUGCCUUUCUCUGUCAUCGGCUCCUUGAACGGCGUUCACAUGUUCGGGGGAGGACAGGGAGUGGUGUUGUCCAGCUGCGACACGGACGGUGGAGGGAAGGUGGUGUGGAGAGUUUUCCUCGACAGCGUGAUGCUCAUCGCUGUGAGUGGAGGUGGACCGAGUGGGUCAUGCGGCACAGAGGAGGAGACCCGCCUGCAGCGCCUCCUAGAAAACGUUUGGAGCUGCAUGGUGCUGGUGUUGGGGCAGGAUGAGCUGACUAAUGUCAGGAAUGUAGAAAGACUGAAGAGGGAUUUGAGGUCCUGCUUCAGCCUGAUUGAUCAGCUGCUUGAAGAGAAACAAGGUUAUCUUGGAAACCUUACACACUGUGCUGAUUCAUUACUACCUUCAAGCUCCAUUCUUCUCCAAGAGGCGGUGGAUGGGUUUGCUCAGGCUGCUGACAGUGAGUUUGGUUGCCUGGUGGUCCACGGGCGGAUUGCUACAGCGACUGAAGAGUGGUGGCGGCAGCUGGUGCCACAGGAAAUCGUGCUGCUUUCUGCUCUGAUUCGUACCUUAUCUGCAUCUGGAUCAGCCUCAUGUGAUUACCCAGUUUUUCUCCCUCAGUUUAGCCCCACCGUCGCCCACCGCUUGCUCCGCUUCCAGCUACUCCCAGGAGCAGACGUGUGUGUGCUGUGUGGUUCCACGCCAUCCCUUCACAAAGCUGGAACUGAGCUGGUGGGUCGUUUCUGGUCACCCCUGGUAGAAACCCUGAGAAAUUGCCUGGCUCUUGGAGACCGCUGCUUACCCGGAUCCAUAUCGCUGAGGCCUGACGUACUGGCUCUUCUGCUCAUCAACCGUGAAACUCGUCGUUCAGUCUCAUGUUUGCAGAAUUCAUCCCAUCACCCCCCUAUACUCUCCAAAGCUCGCUGCUGGGAGCUGCUGAAACUCUUCUAUACAUUCAGCAUUUCACGCUACUUCACCCAGGAGGAGAGGACUCAGAGAGACAUCACAGAAGACUUUCUCCUUGGAUUCUCCCACCAGCCCCAACAGUGUUAUUUAGUUACAGAAGAAUGCAAAUGCUAUGCAUUGCAGACACCACAGCACCAGCUCUAUCUUCUCGUGAUGCCAUCUGUGCCCACCUUUGCACUGGGCACAUUGGCUACACAGACUCUCUCUGAUAUUGUUGCACCCACAGGUUUUUAAUACAUAUCCAUUGCAACUUUUCAAUCUCAUGUUGGUCACUUGAAAUGUGAAUUUAUGUUAUAGUCUUACAAAAAUAAUCACACAAAAAGGGGAUCCAAUAGAAAAAAAUGCUAUUUUUCCUCUGAGUAUAUAGAAACUCAAUUAUUAACUUUUUCUAAAAUAUUUUUUACGUAGCUGCUUACAGUUGUAGAGCAGACAUUAGAACAAAUGCUUUUUUUUUUAGAAUUAAGAUUGUUGCACAUUUGUGUUGAGCCUCUAAGCUGCUUCUGUUGUAUGAAUAAAAGCUGGUCACACUUGCCUGCAAAUUAAUAAUGUGUCACACUAGAUAAAAAAAUUAAUUAAUGUUUUUUAUUCUUUUUUGUUUAAGUAAUCUCUUUUCUUUAUAACAUUAUUAUUAUGAUCUUGUUAUUAUAUAAUUGUCUUGCUACAUGUUUCUUCAUAAGCAUGCAUGAAACAAAUGAGUCCAUCAUGCAUCAGGAAGACAUGACGAAAGUUUCAGCAUGCCGUUUGACUCCUACAUGCGUGAGAAUGAGGAAACAGUUUAGCAGAAGCCAUGCAACAUUUUUCUCAGCUGCAUUAUUUAAAAAAGCUGUUCACAAUUUAAAGUUAUGGACCAAAUAUUUAUAAAUUCAACACAUUUAUGCAAUUAUUACAUUGUAAUAACAUUUCCUAAGUCAUUGUAUAUGCUCGGAAGUGAUCCAACUGCUUUGCGUGAACUGGGACUACACAAGAAAAUAUUUGCAUUAUGCAAACUUUCUUGCACAGAAACGGAAAAGAUCAAAUAAAAAUGGUGAUUGCAGCCAUCAUCAGUUAAUAAAUAUGAUACAAAACUUA